AGUGGCUCCAUUGCAGGGACGAAUCAUUAACACUUAGAUAAUUUUCGUCGAAAACUCAAUUUGUGACUCAUUUCAUGGUGGAUUGACGGAGUACCCUUAUAUCUAAUUAAACUACCAUAAUUUUACCAGUGAUUCAAGAUGGCUGACGCCGAAGAAACAAAUCCACCGGCGGAAAACACAAUGGAGAAUGAACCACAACAACAGAACGAAACCUCCACAAAUGGUGCAGAUGCAGGUACUAAUCUGGCUACAGAAAAUACUGAUACACUUGUGGCUUCAGAAAGUGCUGAACAGAUUGAAGGUAACACCUCUUCUGCAGGUGAAAACAACCUACCUGCUGAAGAUGUCACACAACCAACUGGUGAAGCUGAACAGGUGACGCACAGUGCAGAUGAUACACAAACACCACCUGAAGAUGAUACAAAUGCAACGUCAGCUGAAACUACACCACCUAAAGAUGAUACAAAUGCAGCGUCUGCUGAAAAUACACAAGCACCACCUAAAGAUGAUACAAAUGCAGCGUCUGCCGAAAAUGCACAAGCACCAUCUGCUCAAGAUACACAAGAGCGGCCUUCAGAUGAAGCACAAGCACAGCCUACAGAAGGACAAGCCGCUGUCUCUGACCAACACCCUUGUGAAACAGAGGAAUUGGGUGAGAUCGUUGGCCCUGAACCAUCCUCCACCUCCAUGCCGGGAAAGGGCAUGUCAUUGUCCACAUCCAAACAGGACAGCGUGGCUCCCCCUAACACAGAGGCCGAGCCCCAGACUGAGCAGUCCGGGUCUGGGGCACCUACACCACCCCCUGCCCUCACAAAGACCAGCCGCCCAUCAACAGCUGCAUCAGAAGUUGUACUCACCAACACCGCACUGAACAUGGUGUGGUCAUUUGGCCACAAUCGUAACGUUCCAGUGCUGAAUCUGUCCGACUCUGAGAGAAAACUGAUCAUGUACACUUGUGCUCACACAGGUAUCAUCUAUGACUUCAUCUCCAACAAACAGUACCUGCUACAGGGACACGCCAAUGCCAUUACGUGUACAUGUGUGAGUGAGGACAAGAAGUGGCUGGCCACAUCAGAUAAGGGAGAAGGCAGCAUGGUUAUCGUCUGGGACACUCAUACAAACACUCCUGUACAGACUCUGUUUGAGCCAGCUGUCAGUGGCGUGGUGUGCAUUUCUAUGACUAGAGAUGCUCGUUACCUCGCCACCCUCAGUGCCGGACCAAAACAGAUGCUAUGUGUGUGGGACUGGACAGUGGAUGGAGACGCCCCGAUUUGCUCUGCAGAACUCAAGUCAUCAUACGGUCUUCAGAACUACAUUCACUUCAACCCAGAGGAUAUCCACUUCAUUGUUACAAACAGUGAAUCACAAGUCAUCUUUUAUAACUGGGAGCCUGGUAGGAUGGAGUAUUAUGCACCGCCCUUGACUGACCAGGACUUCAACAAGCCGGUGGGGCGCUACAGUCAGUCAAUCUUCCAGAGUAACAGUUCCAGGGCGCUCACCGCCACCUCCAUUGGGAAUCUGGUUGUCUGGGAAAGUAACAAACCCAUCACAAAAGCUCACAAUUUACCAUCAGCAGAUAAGAAACCCCUGAAGAUAAUCCGUUUACAGGAGAAGGGGAUCAAUGUGCUAACUGUCACCGACCAGUUUAUUGUGGUAGGAGACACAGCUGGGCAUGUCAAGUUUUUUGACCAGUCACUCAAAUUGGUCAACUGGUAUCAAAGCUUUAACCUGGGCUCAGUAAACUCGCUGUCAUUUGAAUACGUGGACAAUUUCAGUCAGGUAGCCCCAGAGUCCUCAAAGUACCCUCCUGAUGCCACCAUCUUAGCCAGUCAGUUUGUCAUUCGGGACUUUAUUGUUGGUACGCACAGUGCCAUGUUUGGCCAUGUCACUGCUGAGGGCACCAAAGUAAAGGUCAUCCAUAAGGAACAUGACGCAGCCACUCACGCAUUAGCCAGUCAUCCAUUUCAGUGUUGGAUGGCUGUUGGAGGUUUUUCAGGGUUUUUGAAAGUUUGGGACUACAGAAAGAAGAUAGUAAUUGGGAGUCGACAGUUUGAGAAAGGAAACCACAUUUACAGCUGCACAUAUGACCCGAAGGGGGCGUUUCUAGCUGUUGGGUUUGCCAAUGGAAGUGUGAGGAUUCUAGAUGCUAUUUCGUUGGAUGAAGAGACGGAGGAAGUGUUGCGAUAUUCACGUGACACAGUGACACACAUUGUCUUCUCUCAUGACUCCCAGUAUCUGGCCACAGCUGAUGCUGAGUAUACAGUGACUGUGUUUAAGCGUGAUCUCUACAAUGAGACUUUCCCUUACCAGUAUGUAGGCAGAUACAGGGCCCAUUACAAGCUCAUCAAGGAUAUCAUGUUUGGAAUUCAGCUGGAUUCUAAUUUCCCCAGGCUACUCUCUCUGGGAGAGGACAGAGUUCUGGUGGAGUAUGAUUUAGAGAAUUCCACAGAUGGCCUGAAGAUCCUCAGCUCUGACAGAAUAGAACAAAGUGCCAUUCCUACCUGUAUGGAAUGGUAUCCUCCAAUCACCAAGGAGAACUUCAUCCUUACAGCCAAUGACCAGUUUAAAUAUAAACUGUACAAUGCCACCACAAAGAUGUGCAGGAAAACAUUACUUGGUCCUGCAUAUGGUUCGCCCAUAAAGAAACUGUGUGUCAUCCCGACUGCAGAUGAAAUCAACGACAAGCGAUAUCUGGCUUACAUAACCAAGGACAAAGUCGGCCUUCAGAUUUUCCCACUGGAUGGGAACCCACACAACUCUAUGGCUCUGAUUGCACAUCCUGGAGGGGCCUCUAAUAUGGCAGUGAGCCAUGACGGUAAAUACCUGUUCACAGUUGGGGGAGCUGAUGCGACAUUACACAUGUGGUACAUCAACAUCAACGCUCUGGAAGCACAGGCCAGCGUGGGUGGGAAGGACUUGAUCCCUUUUUACGGUUUACUUGAUGGAGGUCGUGACGGGGAGCUGUUUGCUGAAUUGGAAGACUACUUCUACUAUGCGCAGAUCAGGAACCAAGGUGUGAACACGAUGGACACACGUAUGGUGGACAUCAAGAUCCCGCUGUCAGAGGUGCCAUUUGUGAUGAGAGCGAUGGGAUUUUACCCUUCUGAACAAGAGAUUGAGGACAUGCUGAAUGAGGUGAAGUUCAGCCAGUAUGUGGAGACAGGAGAGUUUGUGGAUGAUAUUGACCUGGGAGACUUCAUCAAAUUGUACAUCAACCACCGACCAGCUUUCGGGCUCUCAACGAACAAACUUGCCUGGGCCUUUGAGAAGUUAGGACUGCCAUCAGAGUAUGGCUAUUCCGUGGACAGGGGUGAUCUUCUGGAUAUCUUGCAAACCAAAGGUGAGCACAUGACAGAGAUUGAGUUAGCAGAGUACCUGACCACACUGAUGGGCUUCAAUGAGGAAGGGGGUAGCAGUGAGCUCCACGAAUUUGACCCCACCACUGCCGGGGAUUUACUUGAUGCUAACCUGCCCGUACAGAUCAAUGCCGGACUGUUCGCACAGGAGAUCCUUGGAUUUUCCAUGAUGGGUGAAGAUGCGACUUCGGCUAGCUGAACACGACUCAGACCAGCUGAACAGAAGAUAAAAGCUAGUUUUCAACGUGUACAUCUGCAAUCGUCUUCUGUUUAUCGUCACGUUAGGACAUAAUGCAUUCAGUGACUUUUUCAUCCAACACAGCCUAAAGUUUAGGUUUAAUUCUUGUAAGUGAUUGAAGGAGAAUAAAUUCUCUGAAGUCGUAUUCAUUGGAGAGAUGGAUUUUCCAACAUAAAUUUCCAAUGUGGUACAAAAUGAAACGUUUGCGUAAAAAAUAUGUGUCCAUGUAUAUAUUUUAAAGGGCAGUUGACAUAUUGCUGCCAAGACCCUUCUAAGAUAUCUCUUUAGUCUUUCCAUCUGGAUUUUACAUACAUGUACAUGUAUUUGUGAUUUUAGCCAGGGUCUGUGAUAAGCUAUUCUGUAGAAUCCGUCCAAAAUCCACUAAAUGAAGCUCACAAGUUCUGCCUUGUGGACAUGAACAUUCGUGCACAAGUCUACAGAUGUAUAUUUUGACUGUGAUUUAUCUUGUAUUUGUAUGACGUGUAUAUAUUGUAAGAUCAAAUUUUUAUUCUACAUGUAUAAAUUAUUAUAACAAAU